AUGGGGGAUGAUUACCCGGACUCGACAAAUCAUUUGCACAAUGACAGAUCUCAAGUACCAUCGAUAUCAGCCUCUGAUUCUUCUUUUAGCAAAAUUUCCCAGUCUAGUAGAAAAGUAUCGCCAUCUGAAUCACAAAAGAAACGAUUCCUUUUUUCUACUAGCAAUAUUCGCUUCUGGACAACGGGAAAGUCAGAGAAGAAGAAACAGAAGUUGACGAAUGAUGUGUUGAAUCACGGAGAUCAGUUACGUCAUGUUAAAGAACAACGAUAUUCAAUGCGCAGGUUAGCAAACUUUGACUUUAUUAAUUUACUGUUAAAUACCGAACGAAUUUGA